UGAAGAUUAAAUUUAAUUAAUGUUCUAUUAAGUGUUUUAAUAAAUAGAGGUCCUAUAUUAUUUACGAAUAUUACCUAUUUGCUCUUUCAAGUAUAAUUUCAAAAUAUGUAUUUCGGAUAACGAAGAAUACAAUAUCUAAUGAUAAAAUGGAAGAAGAUAAUUCGUGUGAAAAAAGAUCUUCUUUGGGCAUAAAUGAAACGCAUUUUUUGAAUGAGACAAUAGGUAAUGAAGUGAAAGCAUCUAUGGUUGAAUAUCAAAACACUGUUUUAUUAGGUAAAGCUAAAAGUUUGCACAGUACAACUCUACAAUUAUGCAACAUAGAAGACGAACCGUGGGAAGUUGAAGAUAAUAUAGAACGUUUUGAUGACAAUAUCGACUACCAAAAUGUACACGAAGUGUUUGAAAAAAAUACUUCAAUAGUUCAUCUUAAAGAUCGGACAAAAUACAAAAAAAAUUGUAGCGCUUUUUCCAAAAUCAAUAAGUUUUACAAUUCUGGAACAAAUUUAGAAACCACAAACAAUAGUGUAAUACAUAACAAUCCCCAGUGUGAUAAUAUUACAGCUGAUCAGCAAUUAAAGAAUAGCAGAGAAGUAGAAAAUUGUAAUGCCGAAUCUGAUUCCAGUUCUGAUACGAAUCCUAAUGAAUUGAAAUUUUAUGAUUGGGAAAGCGAUAGCGAUGAUCAACAACAAACUGACUCUGAACAAGAAACUGAUAAGUUUUUUUUUUUGGAUACGGCGUUUGAUGCUGUUAGCAAACUCAAGGUAAACAUGGAAAAAGAAAAUGUAAUUACUUCAGCUGUGGAAUCCAAAACGUUUAAUGUUGUUGAACAAAAUUUAGAACACCAGCCUACCCGAGAAAUAAUAGAUACUUUGAGUCCAAAAUUUGAAACUAGCCACUACGAUAAAUCUCCAGAAGACGGCAUUAAUAUUUUUACUGAUAGGGAAAUUAAAGAGAAACAGCACGACCAUUUAAAUGUCGAUAACAAUUUGGAAAUGUUUGAUGAACCAAUGGAAACAGAUUUACCCAUCGAAUUUCAUAAUAAACCAGAAGACGACCAGAUAGAAUCUAGUGAAUGUGUUCAAGAAUAUAAUUUUGAAGAAAAAUCAACAUUACAAAUCGAGGAAGACGUGAGCAUAGAAGACUACAACAAGUCGCAAAUUGAUUUUAACACACAACUGUUAUCAUGUAACGAUGAUGUAGAGAUAAUAGAAGAAGAGCCCGAUAUUGUUGAUCCAGACAUAAAAUAUAAUAUUCAACUUAAUCAACAUUUCAAAAAAAUGGAUCUGUUGGUUCAACGGAUUGCGUAUACUCCCGACGACUUAAGCGUAUUAGAUGAAUGCAUGCAAUUACCUCCAAUUCCCGAAAUGGAACAAGAACCGAAAAAAUUUACAACAAAAGAACGAAUUGACUUUUAUGAAGGUGAAUCGCAUUUAAAAUAUCAAAUUGAUAGAGAUGAUUGGAAUAAAAUACUGGUCAAACGAGCGGCAGUGUUUACUGCUCAUGCAGGAUUUGAUUUAACGUCUGAAGAAAGUUUAUAUGUUAUGGCGGACAUCAGUAUUGAUUACAUUAAAAAAUUAGCAAAAACACUGAAAAAGCAUUUUGAUGCUCAGCAUACUGACUCAAAAUCUAGUCUUUUAAAUCCAGUCGAAAGGAGUUUAAUGGAGGUUGGUAUACAAGGUGGUCCAGCGAAAUUAAUUGAGUUCAUUAGAAAAGAUGUAUUUGAAAGACGAAACCGUUUACGGUUAAAAUGCGAACAUUAUCAAUUGAUUAUUGACCAAUUUGUGAAACGCAUGUUGAUGAAUACCGGGGUCAAUGUUUCGGAUAGCAAUCGGACAAAAAAUCUUACUACAGGCGAAGGAUCAACACAAAAAGAAAACAAUACGUCGAUAGAACAAGCGCCUGUCGACAGCAUUAAUGACAUAGGUGAGGUGUUAAAUAACGAAACUGAUAAUAUAAAAGCUCAUUCUGUUUCUAACAAUGCUUCUGACCCCGAAAUGGCAGACAUGUUGAACGCCUUUUAUAAUACCAAUACCCAAGAAAUUAUAACUGAUGAUAUCAAUGCUAAAAGAGUUAAAACCAUAGACGACAGUACAGACACUGAAGUAAAAAUGUCUACGUAUUCGGAUACAAACGAAAUGUUACCAUCAAUAAAUGCUAGCAACUUAACAGAUACUAAAGAAAAAAGCUCAAUUUCUAAAAAUUUAAAUGAGCAAAACAUUUGUGCCAAACUUAAUGAUAAUGUGGUCGAUCCUGUUGAAAGAAAAAAAUAUUAUUUACAAGAGGAGUUUGGUAAUUUUGAUUGGCCAGAGAAUAAUACAAGAAAUAAUUCUAAUGCUACAACUGAAGAUGUCAUGGAUCAGUCAAAUCAACAAUUAGAUCAAAAUCAAAGUAAUUCGGCUGAGUCGAAAGAUCUUAUGGAUGUAAAUCAGUGUAAUUUAGAUCCUUUUGAAAUAUGUUUUCAACGACCAAACCUAGUGCCCGAAGAAGAGAAUGAAAUGCUAUUAUUGUUUAAUACAUCUAGUUUUUCUCACUACAAGUCUAAUACUAUUUCUGAACAUUCAAUGUGUAACGACAAUAAGUCGCAAAAUUGCAAUUCUUCUGUUAAUGACAAUUAUUCAGGUUCCACUUUUAGUAUCAACGAUGAAACUGGAAGAACGGCUGUUAUUACACACACUAACACUAUUUCUAACAAGAUUAAACCAAUAUUCAGUGGUAACAUGCCUCAUGCGAACACUAUUAAUUCUAGUGGAAGUCUUCCUGAAUUAUAUAACUCAAAUAAAGAACACAGGGAUAUGACAAUACCUCCUACCUCAGUUAAUCAGAGAGAUUCUUGUAUAAUAUCGAACAUAAAGAAUUAGAAAAUUUGCUCAAAAGAAUGGCAUGAUUAGUUAACAAGAUUUACGUGAAUAAGAUUAAGUACAUUUUUAUCAAUAUUAUUUUACUAAAUAUUAAUGCAAAAUUUUAAUUUUUCUUACAAAACUUUUUAUAAAGAUUUUUUUUUAAAUCCUAAAUUUGUUUACUAACUCCGUGGUUAAAUUAAUUUUUAAAAUGUUUUAUUAUAUACAAAUUAGUCAUUAUAUUGUUGAAUUGCAUUCUAGAAAGUCUCCACCUUUUUUUUUUAUUAAUACACAAUAGUCAAUAAAAAUUGUUGUAUUCGUUAUAAUGCUAAUUUGUAAAUUUCUAUUUUUUUAAAACAAUUUUUUUUUUUAGAACUGUUAACAAUUUAUAAUAGAUUAAUAAAUUCUCUAAAUCUGAAUUAUAUAGUCUUUACAUCUUAAUUUUAAACAAUGACUGUUGCUGUUGUCUGGAUUACAGCUUGUUUGCGCCACACACCGUCCGUUAAGUUGAAAAUGUACUCGAAGAUCGUAGACUAUCCAGAAAGAUGAUGAUAAAUUAUCUAAAGGGAUUCCUGUUGACUGUUGAUUUACUCUCACAUAGCAUUCUGGAAAUUGACUACGGUCAAAGUAUAAUUUUCCACAUUUUUUGGGUUUUCCUUAAUAAUAAAAUAUUUUACUACAGAUUUUUUUGGAAGAAGGAGUUUUUGAUUUUUUUUUUUUCGGACUGUAUAUCGAUAAUCGGAUAGACUGUGUAGAUCAAACUAUAUACUAGACUAGGUUACAUAUUUUGAUUUCGUUUAUUAUAUUAUGUAGAAAUUCUGUAGAGACAUUUAAGUAAAAAUCACACCGUAUUACGAUGUUGUAAACGCAGAAAUAAAUAUAUUUAUGACUGUUAUGAGAAACACUCCGAGGACCACGUGGUUGUUAAGCUGAUCUCUAGUCAUUUUAGUGUUUUCCACACCACUGCAAUGUAACCGGCCUUUGAAUAUAAGCAUCACGCCGACUAUUACCUGUUUUAGACGAAUGUCGGUUUUAUAUUUAGUUGUAAUAAAAUAAUUUUAAUAACCAUAGGGUCAUUUU